AUGUCCACAGAAGUAUCUGCCGCCCAGAUGGCCGUUGCCGAGAUGCGCGGUCUUGCCGACACUUUCUCCCGUCUCACUGAAGCCUGUUAUAAGAAGUGCAUCCCGAAUGUGAAGGAGGGCCAGCUCAACGUGGGGGAAAUGAGUUGUACUGAUAGGUGCGUGUCGAAAUACUUAGAUGUCCACACUCUAGUCGGUACUGAACUGAACAACAUAACUCAACAAGCCCAGCAAGGCUCGGCACAACAGUAA